AUGAUCCCUUUGCUGCUCAUACUCGCGUCGCUCACCUGCGUAUUCUAUGCCUUCCGACCCAGGAACGACUCGAUGCGACGGAAGUUACCACCUGGUCCAACGGUGUCCCAUUGCUGGUUUUUGGAAUGGGCCUCUCAGUAUGGGGAGAUAUUUUACCUCAAGCUGGGCGGGCAAGACGUAGUGGUCCUGAACACAGCAGAAGCGGCUGAUGAGCUCUUGUCACGUCGCAGUCAUAACUAUUCUAGUCGGGCGACCCCGCAUGUGGCUCAAGACAUCCUGCGCGGUGGGAUGGGCCUUGCAUUCUUGAAGUAUGACACUCCUUGGAAGGUGGCCAGAAAAGCUCUGCAAGGCGCGCUUGGACCCGGGCCUUCGAAGCACAUUCGCCCAAACCAGGAAUGCGAAUCCCGCGUGCUUCUCUACGACUUGAUUUGCCACGGGAACAAGAGUAGUCUACAUGGAGAAGUCUUGGAUAAUCACUGGUUCGCACCAGUGAGGCGGUAUGCGACGAGUGUUACUCUGUAUGCGAUGUAUGGCAAGCGAGUCCCCCGCUUCCUCAAUAACCCUAAUCUUCACAAAAUAUACGACAUCCCAGGAAAUUAUCUGGCGGAUGUGUUCCCGCUGAUACGACGUCUCCCAGACUUCUUAGCGCCAUGGAGGGUUAAAGCUCAUGGAUUGCAUCUAUGGGAAAUGGGCCUCUGGGGAGGACUUGUUGAUGAAUGCAAGGUGGCACUACGAAGUGGAGAGAACCGGCGUGGGUUUGUCUGCUCGUAUCUGACUGCACGCGCGGCCGCAGGUGAAGAAAAUGCUCCCGGAAAAGGUUUGACGAAGGGCGGAUGGAUACAAGAUGACUUCCUCGCGUGUAGUGCCGGAUCUGCCCUAGAGGCGGGCUCCGAUACCACGGCUAAUACUAUAGUAACCUUCUUGCUCUACAUGCUCAGCCACCCGCAUGUGCUCCAGAAAGCACGAGCGGAGAUCGAUGGCGUGGUAGGGCCGAACGAGACCCUGAGACAUCGGCCAGCCACUCCUCUAGCGAUCCCGCAUGCGACAGUCGAAGAUGACUUCUACAAGGACUACUAUAUCCCGAAAGGAUGUACUGUGAUCGGGAAUGUGUGGGCCAUACAUCGGGACCCCGAACGCUUCUUCAAUCCAGCGCAAGGCAAGCCGACACAGUUCAAUAGUGGUCCAGUAUCGACCGAACGCGAUACCUAUGGGUUUGGAUGGGGCCGGCGGUUCUGUCAAGGCAGUCACAUCGCAGAGGCAUCGCUCUUCAUCACUCUCUCGCGCAUCCUUUGGGGUAUCGAUUUCUACGCGCCGCUCGAUCCCAAGACCAAGCAGCCCAUCUUGCCUGACGUAGCGAACGAGGAGAAGACUGUGCCACACGCUUUCAACAUCGGCUUUGCCCCACGAUCAGCCAAACACGCAGAGCUCAUCCGGAAGGCGUUCGACAAUGUCCAGUCCGAUGGCAGACCAUGGGGUUGGAAGGAGAUGACCGGUGAAAUCGAACGGUUACCGUGGUCGCUAUGA